UAAUUUACAUUGCUCGUGAUUGGCUUUCCUGGAUUUGGAUGCCGGAAAAGGCGUCACUGGGAGGCAAAUUCAAACCUUUCUUCCACGCAUACUGUACAGUACUACAAAAGUUUGGUUUUGAUUAUGUGUAAGAUGGUGACACGAUUAUUAUGAACUAACUGAAAGAAGGCACACUGUUAUUUGUUCGAAUUUCAACGGUAAGCUUUCGAAGCAUAAGAGCGUAUGUGAACGAAGGCAAACGAAUCUGCGAAAGUCACGGGCCGGAGUGUUCUCUGCAAGCACCAAGCACGUAAGUGUUACUGUACUUUGAUAUAUACAAAAUACAGCCAUGGAUGUUGAUGCCUCUGGAGACAUUUUUCAGUUUUAUGAACUACAUGAGACAAUCGGUACAGGUGGAUUUGCCAAAGUGAAACUUGGACGGCAUAUAAUUACAGGUGAAAAGGUUGCAGUUAAAAUAAUGGAUAAGAAGGAACUGGGGGAUGAUCUACCUCGAGUCAAGACUGAGAUUGAAGCAAUGAAAAAUCUUAGUCAUCAGAAUAUCUGUCGUCUGUAUCAUGUUAUUGAGACAUCUAGGCGAAUAUACAUGGUUUUAGAGUAUUGUCCUGGAGGAGAAUUAUUUGAUUACAUUAUUGCCAAAGAUCGGUUAUCUGAAAAUGAAACUAGGAUCUUUUUCCGUCAAAUUGUUUCUGCACUUGCUUACGUUCACAGCCAAGGUUAUGCUCAUAGAGACCUGAAACCUGAAAACCUGCUAAUUGAUGAAGAACAUAAUCUUAAGCUAAUUGAUUUUGGUCUUUGUGCAAAACCAAAGGGUGGUUUAGACUAUCAUCUAAUGACUUGCUGUGGAAGCCCAGCCUAUGCUGCUCCAGAACUUAUUCAGGGAAGGGCCUACAUUGGAUCUGAGGCUGAUGUGUGGAGCAUGGGAGUCUUGCUGUAUGCUCUGCUUUGUGGAUUUCUUCCUUUUGAUGAUGAUAAUGUUAUGGUUCUAUAUAGAAAAAUUACUAGAGGUAAAUAUGAGAUUCCCUGUUGGCUUUCCCCUGGCAGUGUUAUUCUUCUGGAUCAAAUGAUGCAGGUGGACCCAAAGAAGCGUAUUACUUUGAGGCAGCUUCUAAACCAUCCAUGGUUAAUUCAGGGAGGCAUUGGUCCAGUUGAGUGGCACAGCAAAUAUCCCCUGAGAUAUAUCGAUGAUGACUGCAUUACAGAAAUGGCAGUAUGUUAUAGGAAAUCAAAAGCGAACAUGCUCAACAUGGUUUCUGAGUGGAGAUAUGAUCAAACAACAGCCACUUACCUGCUGCUAUUGGCCAAGAAAAAACGAGGAAAGCCUGUACGGUUGGCUACUUUCUUUUAUGGCGAUUCAUUGUUCAAAGCUACUAAUGAAUUAAAGUCUAAGAAAAACCUGAACUUUGGUGAAGAACCAGAGAGUACUGAGAUACCACUUGUGCUUUGUUCCAUGGACUUUCUUGAUGAAUGUGCUUUUAUUGAAGACCCAACAUUUGUUCCCUUAUCGCCAAGAAAAAACCAGAGAACAAAAUACCCAUCUGAAUCUAGUAGUAGAGAUACAGAGUAUACCACUUCCUGUAAACAGAAGGAGUCUAGAAAUGUUGAAAAUAAAGAAAACAUCAAUAGUGUCUGCCAAAAAACAGCAGAACCUUUUGUUCUGCCAGCACCGAAGACUCCUUCAUAUAAGAUGAAUUCAGUUGGAAAAAAAAAUAUUCUUAUGACUCCAAAUAAAAAUACUACUGCCAAUUUCAAAACAGGAAAUGUCUGUGUCAAAGAAACCCCAACGAAGAAGUAUGCUGACUUAAUCAAUACCAAUAAUCUUGCAACAUUUUCCCUUAGUCCAGAGCGAAGGUCACGUUCUUUAGAAAUUGACCCUGAACAAGAUCAGUUGGGCAGUGCACAAAAGAAAAAAGGGACAAAGGUAUUUGGAAGCCUAGAAAGAGGGCUGGACAAAAUGAUUACAAUGCUCACACCAAGCAAAAAGAAAGGAUCUAUGAAAGAUGGACCAAGAAAAAUCAAGGCCCAGUAUAAUGUAACAUCAACUAACAUGGUCAAUGCAGACCUAGUUCUAAAUCAAAUUAUCAGCAUUCUUCCGGAAAAGAAUGUGGAUUAUACUCAGAAAGGAUAUACACUAAAAUGUAAAACCCAGUCUGACUUUGGCAAGGUUACCAUGCAGUUUGAGUUGGAGGUAUGUCAACUGAGCAAGCCUGAGGUUGUAGGAAUCAGAAGACAGAGGCUUAAAGGAGACGCCUGGGUAUACAAGCGUUUAGUAGAAGAUAUAUUAACCUGUUCAAAUGUAUAAUGCAAAAUAAGGUUUCAUAUUCAGAUUUGUAUUCAUAAGCUAUGCAAACUUGCAUCUUAACUGUAGAAAACUGUAUAUUGUGAAUAAAUGUAAAUUAACCUAGGCUAUUACUUUUUAUAGAUAGUUUUCAUAUUUACAUGUGUAUAUUUUAUAUGUGUUUUGUGGUAUCUUUCUUUGUUUACUCCUUUUUCUUCCUUAAUAAAAGUAAAUCCUGUGGUUUGUAAAUAAAUUUGUUUAUAGCACCCUUGAAGCAUUUCUGUUAGUUUGUACCUUAAUUAUAUGGUUGUAAUGGAAUAUUUUGGUUAUAUUUACAAAUCUGUCUCCUAGAAUCCAUUAUACGUCAGUGUACAUGUUAUUUCUAUCUUUAAUUUGCAUAAUUCGGUUCAUGUUUGUGAAUUAAGUAGAAUUUAUUGGUACUAUUAAUUCAAGCACAGAUGUUGUCACUAGAGUUAAACUGUGUGUCCAGUAAAAUUACCACCAAUUAAAACUGCAUGGUGUUUUCAAAUUCCCUCUCUUUGAAGG